UUCAAAUACAGAACAUGGUUUCAUCUAUUAGAUCUCAUAUUCGAAGAAUAUGUACCACUUCCCCUUUUGCUCACUCACAAUGCAGAAGCCUUCUGGCUCCUGAAUCAAAAACAGAGCAACUAAUUCACAAAACCCAUCAGGCUAAUCAUGUAGACAUCCUCGAACUCAACUCCCAACUGAAGCGGCUCGUCAAAAUGGGUAACGUCAAACAGGCCCGGAAGGUGUUCGAUAAAAUGCCCAAGAGAGAUGAGGUCUCAUGGACCAAUAUGAUUUCUGGCUAUAUUGGAGUCUCGGAUUCAUCUGAAGCAUUGGCUCUGUUCUCACAUAUGUGGGCGCAGCCGGGUUUCGGCAUGGACCCUUUUCUUCUCAGCGUUGCGCUCAAGGCUUGUGGACUUGGUGUGAACUUGUCAUAUGGGGAAGUUGUACAUGGCUACUCAGUGAAAUCGGAUUUUGUGAGCUCGGUCUAUGUGGGUAGUGCUCUUGUUGAUAUGUAUAUGAAGGUUGGUGAGAUUGAGAAGGGUUGUAGAGUUUUUGAUGAAAUGCGGCUGAGAAAUGUGGUGUCUUGGACUAGCGUGAUCACUGGUCUUGUUCGAGCAGGUUAUAAUGUGGAGGGUUUGUCGUAUUUUGCUGAAAUGUGGAAAAGCAGGGUGCAAUGUGAUGCAUAUGCGUUUGCUAUCUCGUUGAAGGCGUGUGCCAAUUUGGGUGCUUUGAAUUGUGGGAGAGAAGUUCAUGCACAGACAAUGAAGAAAGGUUUUGAUGAGAACUCUUUUGUUGCCAACUCUCUUACUACAAUGUACAAUAAAUGUGGCAAAUUGGACUAUGGGGGGCAGUUGUUUGCGAACAUGAGGAUGCAGGAUGUUAUUUCCUGGACAUCAAUCAUUACAUCAUACUUUUGGACAGGUCAAGAGGAUCGUGCGAUGAAAGCGUUUAUGCAGAUGCAGGAAUCUGGUGUGCGUCCUAAUGAAUACACUUUUGCAGCCGUUAUCUCUGGGUGUGCCAGUCUUGCUAGAGUUGAAUGGGGUGAACUAUUGCAUGGCAACGUUUUACGCUUGGGUCUUGCGGAUUAUUUGUCAGUAGGAAAUUCAAUUAUAACCAUGUAUGCAAAAUGUGGGUGUUUGACUUCAGCUUCUGCUGUGUUUCGUGAGAUGGGCAGUAAAGAUAUUGUUUCAUGGACCACUGUAAUUGCAGGGUAUUCUCAAGCAGGUUAUGGGGAAGAAGCUUUCAAGUAUUUGAUGUGGAUGAGACAAGAAGGACCAGAGCCAAACGAGUAUGCUUUUGCUAGUCUCUUAAGUGUUUGUGGAAGCAUGGCAAUGCUUGAGCAAGGCAAGCAAUUACAUACUCAUGUCCUAACAGUUGGUUUAGAUUCUGAAGCUAUGGUACAAAGUGCCUUGAUCAAUCUGUACUCGAAAUGUGGAAGUAUACAAGAGGCAGCAAAAAACUUUGAUAUGACAAAAGAUGAUGAUGUUAUUUCAUGGACGUCCAUGAUUAAUGGAUAUGCUCAGCAUGGGUACUACCAAGAAGCCAUUGAUCUGUUUGAGAAGAUUCAUACAGUUGGUCUGAAACCGGACUCAGUCACCUUUGUUGGUGUUCUUGCGGCGUGUAGCCAUGCUGGGCUAGUUGAUCUUGGCUUCCACUACUUCAAUUCAAUGAGCAACGACUUUAAGAUUAGUCCUUUGAAAGAACACUACGGCUGCAUGAUUGAUCUCCUUUGUCGAGCUGGAAGGUUAAGCGACGCCAAGCGUAUGAUCAAAAGUAUGCCAGUUAAAGAUGAUGUUGCCUGGUCUACUCUACUUACAGCCAGUAGACUCCAUGGUGAUGUUGAAUGUGGGAGACAUGCCGCAGAGGAGAUUCUUAAAUUAAAUCCUAAUUGUGCAGUGACUCACAUAACGCUAGCUAGUAUUUACGCUGCUAAAGGAAUGUGGAGGAAAGCAGCCGAGAUAAGGAGAAUGAUGAGAUGGAAGGGCGUAAUUAAGGAACCCGGAUGGUCUGGGAUAGAGGUCAGGAAUAGUACUUCUGUGUUUGUUGCUGAAGAUAGGUCUCAUCCACAAGGUGAUGAGAUAUACGGUGUGCUGGAAUUACUAGAUUCCAAGGCAGACAAUUCUAUUCCAGAAACAGUUCUUCAUUAGUCAAUGUUGCUACCGAGCAUAAUUCAUAAACGUUUGUCUUUUCUCUCAAGGCUUGGGCUCAGGUAUCUAGCUUGGGCACGCCUUAUGAUGUAUGCGAUGGUGAAGCAUCACUGAAGGCAUGGAAACGCAGGAACACAUUACUUCCAAGGUUUUGAGAAGAUGAUCUACAGUUGACAUGUAUGAACCGCUGACAAUGAUAUUGGAGCGUAACACAAGACAAUACAUGACCAGAGUCGUUGAGUAAAGUUUCACCAGUUUUUUCACUUGCUCUUG